AUGCCUAUUGAAUCAAAUACUAGUAGUCUAAUAUGGGAUUCGAGUAGUUCACCAUUACAGUUUCAAUCGUCAUCAUUAUCAAAUAUUCCAACAUAUUAUAAUCGUUCACUUAUUGCUCCAUUAACAUUAACACUACGAAAACGUAAUUCUCAUAGUACUAAUAUAAAAUUACCACCAUUAAAAUUACGGUCAACAUUAACAUGGCCUUCAAGUGAUGAAGAAAAUUUUUUCAACCAAAGUAAAAGUAGUAGUGAACAAGAAUUAAAUUUAUUUAAACAAAAAUUUGAUCGCCUUCGUGCAUCACUUUCACAAUCACUUCAAGUUAGUCGUCAUACAUUUGAUAAAGUACAUUAUCACAAAACAAACGUACAACAAACAUGUGUUGAACGUGGUCAAUUCAUUGAUCAAUUAAUGACGACAUCAGUAGAACUCAAUAAUAAGCUAAAAGAAUUGAAAAAUCAAAUAAUCAAUCAACGUCAUAUACGUGAUAAUCAUGAAAUGAGACAAUUAAAACUUCAGCGUACAUUAAUUCGUUUAAAUAAUACAAAAGAUAGAUCACUUGAAACAUUAAAAACUAGUGAUAAAUCAAAAUUUAUUGAACAAUAUAAUUCUCUUUUAUUACAAAUAAAAAAUCAAUAUCAACAAGAAAUAGCUGAUCGUGAUAAUGAAAUCGAAGAAUUAAAAGAAAAAUUAUUUGAAGACUUUAAUUAUCAAGCUGAUGAACAUAUGAAAUUAUUACGAGCAACAUUACAAGCAUUUAAUUCAGAAAGUCAAAAACGUGAUGUUUUACAAGAAUAUGUUGAUGCUUAUGAAACAAAUGUUUAUCGAGCAAGAAAACCUUGUUGUGUAUCAACAUCACAUCGUUUAUGUCAAGUUUCUACUCAAUUACGUUUAUAUUUAAUUAUCGAAUUAGCGUUACGUGAACUUUUUCAUUCAUCAUGUUCAUGUGGACAAUUUAAACGUUCUUAUCAAACAUAUAUGCGUUUACAUAAAAAAUAA